CUCUAGCUGGGUCUGAGCCUCGCCAGCCCCUCCUCCAGGAGACUGUUGCAGUGGGCCAGCCGCUGCUCCACUGUAACCAUGUGCGACCGAAAAGCGGUGAUCAAAAAUGCCGAUAUGUCGGAGGAGAUGCAACAUGACUCCGUGGAAUGUGCUACUCAGGCGUUGGAGAAAUAUAACAUAGAAAAGGACAUUGUGGCCCAUAUUAAGAAGGAGUUUGACAAGAAGUACAACCCCACCUGGCACUGCAUCAUGGGGAGGAGCUUCGGUAGUUACCUGACACAUGAAACCAAAUACUUCAUCUACUUCUACCUGGGCCAAGUGGCCAUUCUUCUGUUCAAAUCAGUGAUCCAUCCAAAAAUAAGGAUUGCAGCCUAA